AAAUUAGAAAACUAGAAAGUGUAGCACUGCAACUGAAACUGAAUCACUUUCCAUCGGACUCUCGCUGAUUUCUGCCUGAAAAAUCACCGAUUUACGGAGAUAUGUUUGCAGAAGAGAACGGUUUGUUUGGAGACCCAAGGAUAAAGGCCAUAUCAGAUGCCAUAAGAGUGGUUCCACACUUUCCUAAACCAGGGAUAAUGUUUCAAGAUAUCACAACGCUUCUGUUGGAUCCAAAGGCGUUCAGAUACACUAUUGACAUCUUUGUUGAUCGUUAUAGGGACAAAAACAUUUCACUUGUUGCUGGAGUUGAAGCUAGAGGGUUUAUAUUUGGUCCUCCAAUUGCACUAGCUAUUGGUGCCAAAUUUGUUCCGCUUCGGAAACCGAGAAAAUUGCCAGGUGAAGUUAUAUCUGAAGCAUAUGUGCUGGAGUAUGGUACAGAUUGUCUAGAGAUGCAUGUCGGGGCUGUACAGCCCGGUGAGAGCGUUUUGAUUGUAGAUGAUCUAGUGGCUACCGGUGGGACCCUCUCAGCAGCCAUACGGCUUUUAGAACGUGCUGGAGCUGAGGUUGUUGAAUGUGCUUGUGUUAUUGGGUUGCCACUCGUGAAGGGUAAUUGGAAGCUCAAUGGGGUACCACUUUAUGUUCUUGUGGAGCCUCGCCUAGAUGAUCUGGAACGUACGUUAUGAGAUAAUGCAGAACAUGAUGUUAGAGCAACACUUGGAUGGCGAAGGGGAAAUUCGUCUUUUUAAGCUCCUGCGAGAUUGCACUAGCGCUUUGGGUUUAGGUUUUAGGUGUUUUUUCCGCCCAUUUGAAGAAUAGCUUUGAUGGGUGCAUUGUGGAGGUGAAUACAUUACCUUAAUUGAACUCACAUCUCAGCUUUAUAAAUAUAAACCAUUGGUAAUGAUGGGGUGGUUAAAACUUCAUAA